GUGCUUCACUUACUUCUCAUCAACGGGGUUUACCAGGCGUCUCUGCAGGGGCGACUCGACUACACAAAGCUGUCUGCAACGAUGUGGAAAAUACAGGUGCUGGGAGCCGCGCUUUGCAUCUUUACGGUUUCCUCUGAAGUGGUACCCCAGGCAGACUUCAAUGCACAGGGGAUGGCAGGAAAAUGGUACCUGGUUGGAUUUGCCACCAACGCUGAAUGGUUUGUGAGCCGCAAAGCCAGCAUGAAGAUGGGCACCGCCAUGUUCACCCCGACUGCAGAUGGAGACAUGGAGAUCUCAUACGCCAGUCUCAGUUCUGAUGGUUCUUGCUGGAGGAUGAACAACUUUGCCAAAAAAGCCGAUGUGCCUGGAAAGUUCACAUACACAAGCCGUGGGAACCACAAUGACAUGCGCAUGAUUGAGGUCAAAUAUGAUGAGUACGCUCUGACUCACACCAUGAAGACCAAAGCUGGAGAUGACACUGUUGUCACCAAACUAUACGGUCGUGGAGCGGACCUUAGUGCUGAUCUGCUCGAGAAGUUCAGGCAGUUUUCCUUGGAGAAUGGCAUCCUGCCUGAAAAUAUUGCUUUCCUUCCUAAAAAUGCCGAGUGCCCAGCUGCCUAGUUGCUCCCUGAUCAUCGUUCUACACAAAUCCUGUUUCAAGAUCUUAUUACUUGUUGUGAAUAUUCAUCGAGUUCACUUUCUACUGAGUUUAAAUUUCUUUGCUCUUUCAGUUGUAUUAUUUCUAGUCUUAAUGCCACCAUACACAAUAUAACGCUUGGUUUCACUAUAAAAUGUUUUGAUUUACCACUGUGUUUGUUUUAAGACUUAUUAAAGGAUUGGCUUUUAAUAAAAAUGUCGGGAGUUUUUCUGCAAACAGA